UUGAUGUAUAUUAAAAACUAUUUGGUAUGGCAUUUAUUUGUAUAUUGCCAUCGACAAAAUCAACAAUCCAUCACACAUAAACUAUAUGUCCUUUCGCACAUUUACGAUUGGAAAUCGUAACGGGAUCGUUUGUGAUAAGCACCGAGUGUUUGUUUUUACGUUGUUCUUCUGUGUUAUUUGAUCAUAAUAUUUAUCAUUCAACUAUUUGCAUAUGCUGCCGCAGCUGCGAUAAAUAGAGAAAUAGUUUUAUUUUUAAAUACAGUAUUCCAGAGAAAAUACUGUUAAAUGUGUUUGAAAUGUUCAAAUUGUAAAAAAUCCGUCCAAGUUUAUAUACAUAAGCCAAGAAACUUGGUCGAAAGAAAAAAAAGGUGAAAAAUUGAAGAAGCGAACUAAAGUGAUUUAAGUGGUGCACUAGAAAGAAUAUCGAAAAGAACCAAGUGAAGAAAAAAAUGAAGGAAAAAAUCAAUGAUAAUUGAAACUUCGAGUGGCGCAAUGCAUGUAUAGAAAAAAAGCCAUUGAAACGAUAGAACCGAAAGAAACAACACAACAGAAAACACACACUCGAAACAUUGGUGCUCUUUGAAAUUGGAGUGAAUACACUUUAGUGUAUUUUUCUUUUCUUCCGUGAAUACGAUACAGAGUAUUUGUAUGCUACAUUUGGUUUACAUUUGUACAUUCUUUGAUUCGCUGGCGCUUGAAGAAAAAAAAAUUGGCACGUUCUUAGUAAAAGAGCUUAUGUCAUUUGUUCAUUGAAAGAAAUAAAAAACACUGAAAAGUUUAUCGCUUUUCUCAGGCAUAUCUUUAUCACCACUGACUCUUUGCGAGUUUUUAAAACUAUCAAAAGUUUUGAUAUGAAUUUUUAAAAGUUUUGUGCUGAAGAUUGAAAAAAAAGUGGAAAAUCAAACGAAUUUAUUUUUUCACUCGACAUGAAGACAAAGUUGAUUUCUAUGGUGUGGCGCGGAUGUGCGUCGGUUGAUCCACGAUUUUCGGCUGCAAUGUUGCCAUGGACUCUUACGGAUAUCUAUAGUCGUGAACAAUAUUCAAAUCUGUCGAUUGGCAUAGAACAUGGUGUGCUUGAAACGUAUAAUGAAGAUUUUGAGCUCCAGUUUACGCAUCAAUUAAAAUAUAUUGUGGGCAUUUGUAAGAUAGCAACCGCUCAAAAUGCAUUGAAUUGCAAAAGUAAGCUGACCGAAUUCAUAACAUUCCCAAAUCGAAGACCGCAAUCGACAAUAAUCGACGAAGUGAACACCAAGGCCGGCGUUCAUGGCAUUGUUUAUUUAUUGAAAAAUCCUCGUGAUCCAUUGUUGCAUGUAUUUCUAUUCGAAAGCCCAUGCUUAGAACAGAUCAAUAAUUUAAUGCAUCAGAUGCGAGAUUCGCCACAACCAUUAGGUGGAUCAGUUGGUUCUAUUCCGUCAACAUUUAUUGGACGAGCAUCAUCCAGUAGUGGUGAUUUGCAAACACUUCAAAAAUCAUUAAAUGUGCAUGGCGUUCAUUCGACACCAGCAUCAAAUUUAAAAUUCUCCGAAUCGGUUCGAAAUGCACAGCACGAUGGCAGCCCAUCAAUAGUAUCGACACGGAAAAUGCAAACAUCUCGGAGUUAUUCGCAUGAUUUAAGAAGUCACAUAGAUAACAACAGUAAUUUAAGCAAAAGUGGAAAUUCAUCGACAAACAGUAGCAACAACAAUUUAACCAUGCCAGACAUAUCGCCAAGCAGUUCACAAUUCUUUGAGGUGAUGUACGUUGGGAAGAUUAAAGUCUCCCAUAAACGCGUACCAUUUUCAUUUAUCGACGAUGCACUUCCAAAAUUCAAGGCAUACGACACACAACGCAUUAAAUUAUUACAAGCACACAUUGCACAACAACAGAGAUCGGAAGCUGACCAAGAUGAUGAUACAGAUAAUGUCCCAAUGAAUGGGCAGAGAAGCAACGGUCUUUUAUUGCCACAAAGCUCGAGUCAGUUAGCACCACAUGACGAAACACAUGAAGAACAUGAACAAGAUGAUGACGAAACUGCCUCUAAAGCAUCGAAUGAAUCAAAAAAAUCAUUCAACGAAAGAGUGAUCGACACACAGUAUGAAAAUGACAAAGAUGACUCGGACGCACCGACUAAAAAUCAACUGCUUCGACGAAAAAGUGUUGCGCCAGCUCUUCAUAGCACAUUAAAAGACGAAACAAAUGCGCCGUCAACUUGUUUCGAAAAAAGUGAAACUGAAAUUGAUAGCGUUAAAAAUACAAAUGACGAAGUUCAAGGCGAUAUGACGCCAAAACGACGAGAUCGUUCGGCUUCAAUUGGUUCAAUACCACAAUUCGAUCAGAAUCGGACGAUGGUUUUGUUGGUUGGAAAGGAAGAUAUUCGUCUGAUUAGUCCCGAUCGCAAGCAGGUGCUUUUGUAUAAAGAUAUGAAAGAUGUGGCCAGUAUUUCACAGGGUCACAAAAACUCGGAUCACUUUGGUAUUAUAAUUCGAGAUUCACGAAAUGAAGCCACUGCAAACGGUGGCCAUGGAUAUAUUGGAUACGUGUUCAAAUGUCAAUCGGAUACAGUCGCCGAUGAUAUUCUAACGGCAAUUCAGCAAUCAUUCAUUUCGCAUUCGGAGAGCAAGAAAAAUCGCAAUAAAAAUCAAGUGUUUUCAUGUGAACACUGUCCAAUGCUAUGGUAUCACAAAUUGUGCACCGACGUUGAAGGUUUGAAUGACAAGAAAACACAAACAUUGAUUUUUCGUCGUAUCGAACAAUUGCCGGAAGAUGAACAGGAUAUCAUUUUUGCAAAAUAUUAUGGUGCCGAAGAAAUCGCCGAUCAUUCAUUAGCUGAACAAAAUCAAUUUUUAAUGAUGCUAUUGCGUGCACAUAGCGAAUCACGUCAACAGCGACAUGUCCACGAUACGGCUGAAAAUCGAACGGAAUUUUUAAAUCAGUAUUUAGGCGGUAGCACCAUAUUUAUGAAGGCAAAACGAUCAUUGACCAGCUCUUUUGAUCAUUUGCUGAAACGGAAAAAUAGCAAAGAUGAAGUUGCGGUAGCCCAAAAGGAAACAAAAGCAAAGGAGGUCAAAAUUUCAUCAAACAAUAGUGAACACAGCUAUAAGAAGAGCGAUGAGGAAGUAGACGGACCAAGUGUUUCACGCCCUAGAAACGGUUCAAUCGACCUUUCAGGCGCACCUAAACUCUUUAAAGAAGAACCAAAAUCACCGAUGAUGGAUAUAUUUAUGAAAGUUGGUAAUAGUCCAAAAGAAUCGAGCAAAACGGGUUCAUGGCGACAAGAGAUGUUACAACGUGUCGUUACACCAUCGAAGAAUGCGAAUGACGCCGAUAAUCUGAUGUCACCGCUUCGAGUACGAAAUCGUCAACCGAUCCAUAUGAAAAAGCGCACUAAAGAUGAUUAUCGUGAAUUGUGGAAAACUGCAAUUCGUCAAACAAUUCUGUUGAUUCGCAUGGAAAAAGAGAAUGAACGUCUCCAAGCACGUAAAGAUGAACACGAACGGAAAAAAAUAAAAUUGGAUUAUGAUGAAAUAUUGCCGGCCGAAAAGGAUGCUGUACAUCGUUGGGACGUUUUUAUUGGAAAAGAACUCAAUGUGGCCGGUGUUGUGGCUCAUAAAUGUGAUCCAAAAGUGAUUUUACAAGCAAUCAAAGCUGGAGUACCUCGUUCAAUUCGUGGAGAAGUUUGGAAUUUCUUGGCCGAACAAUUUAUGCUGACCACCGCACCAGUUGACACAAAAAAAUUCCCAAAUUACAAUACGCCUUACAGUGUUCUAUUGAAGAGUCUAACCGAACACCAACAUCCCAGAAUCAUAGUUACUUAUUACAAUUAUACUCAAUACAUGUCACAAAAUCGGAAUGUACCAGCUGGUCAUUUCAAAUUAAUAGCUCAAUGA